AUGUUUUCCCAAACGACUUACCAUUCGUUGUCACUUCGUCGCAAAUCGUAUGCUCAGCCAGUACUGGAGGCUACGACUCUCUUGGCUCUCCUCGAGGCGAUCGCGGAUGAAAUUAGUGCACCACCAAAGAUAGGGAAGGGAAAGAAACGAGCCCCAUCUGAGACUGCAAUUGCUCAGGGACGACGCAAGCGAACCAAGCUUUCGCCUUCAGGUGCCGAUGAAGGAGAAUCCGUACAGCAGACCAUUCGUGUAUAUCAUCACAUCAUGGAGAUUGAAUACACGACAUUUGUUGAUCCGUCCACACCAGACCAGUAUGUUGACGAGGAGACCGCGGAUCAGUAUGGCUGGCGAGAAGACGAAGAAGCGGUCGCGUCGUGGCUGAAGACUCAUAUAUCUGAUCAAGACCAAACGACUGCCAUAGAUCUCGGUCUCGUGGUUCUCGAAUUGGACAAGUCAACUGGCGGAAAGACUUUGGUUGCAUACUCAAAGGAGUCCCUCCGAUUACUCGAACUCCCACCCAUAGACAAUGCCUUUGACGCAGACGCGCAUGACAUCCGUCUCCCUCAUCUUCGCAACCCAUUAGUCGCAUGCCAGAUUCUACACACUUCUGGUCGUGCUGACAUGUCCGCGCACCUGUAUCUUGUCCCGAAUGCGACAGAGACCGAGUCGUCAAUACUUCCGUUUCUUUUGCGCAUCGAGAUAGAGGUAUCCCUCGUCUUUCCCACAAUAUUUGCGCCUGUGCAACAUAAAACAAAAUGCGGUGCAAAUGAAGUCGAGGAAGCACAACGACGCGCCCUCCUGUAUAUGUUUCCCUCCCGUAUGCUGCCAAUAGAGUCCUUUCAUGGGGCCGUCGACAUUCCCCUUCUCUAUUCAGUUGUUGGCCCUGCGCCUCGUCUUCACUCAGAUUCUACGGAAGAAGAACUUCAGCCUGAGAAGCUGGUUCCGACGCUGCUCCCGUUCCAGCGCCGCAGUGCAGCAUGGAUGCUGGUACGCGAAGGCAAGCACGUGUUGGAAUCUGGUGGUAUCGUUUCCAAGUCGUCUGCAUCCGAAGGGUUGCCCCUGUUCUGGGAAGAAGUGCAAGUGGACGACGAUGUGCGCUGGUAUCUCAACCGACUCCGUGGCAUCCUGUCACCCGAAAGGCCGGAGAAAAAUGAGGCCCUCGGAGGGAUCCUCGCUGAGGAACCGGGGCUUGGAAAGACCCUGGAGUGCAUUGCAGUCGUCAUGCUCAACCCUGCCGUCGGUCGCGGGCCGAGUGUCAAAAGGUGGGACCCUGAGGCGAAGGUACAUGUGAAGGAGAUUAAGACCACGCUCAUCGUAACUCCCGCAUCUCUUGCUACACAGUGGGCAGAUGAGUUCGCCCUGCACGCGCCUUCUCUCAAAGUGCUAGUGUACGAGGGUUGGACGAAGGUCCCAGUACCAAUCACUCCUACCGACAUUGCGAUAUCGCGUGCCAGAAGGCAGCAAUCGAAGAGUAAAGGAAGGAACGUAACAGCCGAGAGUCAAAGCAACGACAAGGGGAAAGACAAGCUCCUUGAUGUCAUCGAAGUCGACGAAGAUGAGGUGGACAAUGACGACGAUCUUAUCGACUGGUGCAUACACGUGAAUACGUUUGAUGUGUGCAUCACGACAUACAACGUAUUGCAGCAGGACCUUGAUGUCGCGCGUGCACCUCCGACACGGCCUCACCGUACGAAUGUGCGAUACCACGAGAACGUGCGUACCCGCAGUCCGUUGGUGGUGUGUGAAUGGUACAGGGUCAUCAUGGACGAAGUGCAGAUGGGUGGUGGUAAAAAAUCUGAAGAAAUGGUGUCGCUCAUUCCGCGCCUCUCCUCUUUCGCAGUGUCCGGUACUCCUGCUCGUGCACACGUCGGUGAUCUCAUUCAUGUGCUUAAAUUUCUACGGGUCACUGACAUUGAUCGGCCUCGUUCUUGGUUACGCCUCCUUAAGCCAGGAUAUGUGAACGAGUUUGUGUCGUUGUUCCGCAAAUAUACGGUCAGGACUGUGAAGGCUGCCGUCAAGGACGAGCUGACAAUCCCGCGUCAAACGCGCUUCCUCGUUCCUAUCGAGCUAGGAAGAGUGGAACGUCAUGUGUAUGAUCAGAACAUGGAAAAGGCACUACUCGAGCUUGGCCUAGACAUGCGCGGAGUAGCCGUAAGAGAAGGGUGGGAAGUUAAUACUUCCGUCCUGCGAACGUGGCUGCGCAAGCUGCGGGGCAUAUGUACACAUCCGCAAGUCGGUCAGCUGCAGAACCAGGCGGAUAGAUUGCAUAAGCCUGGCGUGCUGAAGACUAUUGGAGAAGUCCUUGAGGGUAUGAAAGAUCAGAACUGGCGAAAUUUAUCCGACGAUCGCAAGGAAAAGAUCCAAGUAACGACUAGGAUCGCACAAAUGCUUCAGCGGAACGAUGACAAUCCCACUAAAUACCAGAAUGCUUUGGAUACCCUGUUGUCUGCAGAGAAAGAAGCACGUCAACUGAUAGCUGACAUAGAGGACGUAAUAACGGAGCACAACAAGAAGGGCGAGAUCCUCAAAGAAGAGACAAAGAAGCUUAGAGAGGCCCGUGGCCAAGGUGUUGCAGAACGUGAACUUGCGGCGACCCCAAGCAGCAAGGGCAAGGGAAGAGCUCGUGCCCGGAGCGAAGAUAUAACAAUGGAAGAUGACACGGACUCCGAUGACGAGGAUCUCCCUCACAAUCCCGCAGGCGAGGAGCACAAAACAAAGAAAUCCGCCCUGCAGCACCGUUUAAGAGAAUGCCGCAUCGCGCUGCACAAGGCGUUAUUCCUGAUGGGAGAUGUCUACCAUGUCUUGGGUGUUUCAUUUGCAGACAAAGAGAAUGAAGCCUACGCUGCUGCAGAGGAGCUGAGGCGGUUAUUGCUGAAGAGCACAGAGAAUGCUGCCCAGCGUGCCAUGGAUCAUGUAAAUUGCAGUCCUACUACUAAGGCACUCAAAGAAGAAGAUUUGUAUAUAGAAGUUCCGUAUCUUGGACAAGGAGGAAUCCGAUCGGCCGCACUUAUGGAGGAAGCAAAUAGAAUCAUAGAAGACUUACUCAACGAACAGUCUGCUCUCCUCUGGAAGUGGAGAGAGAAACUGAUCUCUUUGCUCACCAAAUCCUUGACUUCCGGCGAAGAGGCUGCUGACGGAGAAGAAUAUGCGCGCAGUCUUGAGACCCAGGGAGAGGCCGAAGCGUAUCUGCAAGUCUAUGCAGCGCUGUUGGCUGAUCGCAGAGAGGCGUUGAUGUCGGAACGCACGUUGCUGGAUGUUCAUGACGUGCAGGAAACCAAGAAGCGCAAGACCAGAGUGGCUCAACGGAUAGCCAUAAUGGAUCUGCUGCACGACGUCGAAGAAGCCGACUUCGUCCCACUCGAGAAGCUUCCUGAGGCUCUCCCUGAGCACGAGGUGUUGUAUAAGGAGCUCAACGACGAGCGAAAGACUCUUCUUGAGGACUUCGACUCGAAUAGAGCGAUUAAGUCUGUCAUGGUAGACCUCAACAAUGUCGCAGCACGGUUACCCCGGCAGGACGACCCAGAGAAGAUCCUAGCAAAAGACGGUGCUACGGAACUGCGUGGACUGAUUGCAGACCAAACCAAACUAAUGGAAAAACUGAGAACCGACCUGGCCCACUUGCGAAAGACUUUCAACGAGCGAAUUUCCUAUUUUCGACAGCUGCAAGAGAUCUCCGAUACUGUCGCCGAAGCAAAUUGGAACGGAAGCGUUGCCGUUGCGAUUGCGGUAGCUCGAGGCGAACAAGCUGCCUUGGAGGCCAAAAUCAACACCGGUCGUGCACGUCAUCGAUAUCUCCAGUAUCUCGCUCAAUCUCAGGAAGAAGGCAACGUGGACGAGGAUCAACGAGCUUGCGUAUUGUGCAGAUGUGAAUUCACGCGUGGAUACAUAACACCUUGUGCUCACGUUUUCUGUGAGGAGUGUCUGCGAGCUUGGCUGGGGCGACCAGAGGGUAAAGCCUGUCCAGUUUGCAGGGUGGCGCUCAAAGCGGAUCAGCUUCAGCGUUUCUCACUAGACCAGGAAUGCGAGCCCGUUCCGGAGGCGCCUCCGCGGCUUGUGAACAAUGAGCCGGCGCCCAAGUCCCGACGACAGAUACAGUAUAACUUGAUCGAUCCCAAGGUAUUUGAAGAAAUACAGGCAGUGGAGUCGCUGGGCAGCUAUGGGAGUAAGAUUCAGACGCUUGUGCGACAUCUGCUGUAUCUCGAGACUGUAGAACCUGGCACAAAGAGUAUUAUAUUCUCGGCUUGGGCGGACUCUCUGCACAUCAUCCAGCACGCGUUGGCGAGAAACAGUAUCUCUUGCAUUAGGAUUGACCAGAGCCACGCCAAGAAAAGUGCAGCCAAGAAAUUCCGUGAUGACCCCAAUAUCUCUGUACUGCUAUUGCACGGAGAACGUGAGAACGCAGGACUGAACGUGACGUGCGCGUCCCGCGUCUUCCUGGUUGAAAGCGUCGUGCAUCAUGCAUUCGAGCUGCAAGCUAUCGCGCGCAUUGACAGAAUGGGCCAGACAAGGCCAACUGAAGUGUACUGCUAUUAUGCAGAAGAAACCGUCGAGCGAAACAUUCUGGAUCUCGCAGCAAGGCAGGGUCAAUCUCUGUACACCAAGGACAAUUCGGGUGGGACGGUUAACGUGACUCCUUUCGCAAUGGCGUCUUCGGAAGACAAGACUGUCAUUGACUCGCCGGCAAAGAGGGGGCAGAAGGGUGACUUUGUCUUCAAGACUGAUGAUAUGCUGGCAAUUUUUUUCCCGCACCUAUUCGAGGAGGUCGAAUAUCUGCUGCCUCCGGAAGACCUUUCUGAUUCGAUCGCCGGUGAGCAGGUCGAAGACGCGGUUCGGCACCCUGCGGUAUCUGUCAAUGCUGAAGCAGGGCCUUCGCGUCUUGUUGAUUAG